AUGACAACACCAAGAAUGGCACUGUGGCAUGGCAAACGUCAGACGAUGUCGAGUGAUAGAAAAAUAAUUAAUUUCACGACGUUUUGUGUUAAUAAUUAUGUGAAUGAUGAGAUGAAAGUGUAGAUAAAUGUUAGUUUAGUGUUCAAUAGUGAUUAUGGCGCAUAGUGGUGGUGUUUUGAGUUCGGAUAUAUCUCGGAGGAAUCCACAAGAUGAGUAUGAACUCAUUCAGAGAAUCGGUUCGGGAACCUACGGUGAUGUAUACAAGGCGAAAAGGCUCAACGGCAACAAUGAGCUCGCUGCCAUCAAGGUGAUCAAGCUAGAACCGGGUGAUGACUUCGCCAUCAUCCAGCAGGAGAUCCUGAUGAUGAAAGACUGUCGACACCCGAACAUUGUUGCGUACUAUGGCUCUUAUCUUAGAAGGGAUAAGCUUUGGAUCUCUAUGGAGUAUUGUGGCGGUGGGAGUUUGCAGGACAUAUACCACGUGACGGGACCUCUCACAGAGUUACAGAUAGCCUACAUGUGUCGAGAGACUCUGACCGGCCUGUCUUACCUCCACAGUAUGGGCAAGAUGCAUCGCGACAUAAAAGGCGCGAACAUCCUACUGACGGAGUGCGGCGACGUGAAGCUGGCGGACUUCGGCGUGUCGGCGCAGAUCACCGCCACCAUCAACAAGAGGAAGUCCUUCAUUGGGACGCCUUACUGGAUGGCGCCGGAGGUGGCUGCGGUAGAACGAAAAGGAGGUUACAACCAGCUCUGUGAUAUUUGGGCCUGCGGGAUCACUGCUAUUGAGCUAGCAGAGCUGCAGCCCCCGAUGUUCGAGCUGCACCCCAUGCGGGUGCUGUUCCUCAUGUCCAAGUCCGGCUUCAAGCCGCCCUCGCUGAAGGAGCGCGAGCGCUGGUCCGCCGUGUUCCACGCCUUCCUCAAGCUGGCGCUCACCAAGAACCCCAAGAAGAGGCCCACGGCUGAUAAGUUGUUACAGCACGCGUUCUUUCAACAAGACAUGAGCAAGCGGCUGGCAAUAGAACUACUACACAAGUACUCCAACCCUCCCAGCCACUGCAAUACCGAGCCUGAUGAGGAUACCGCCAUGUCAAACGUACCACAACGCAUAGCGUCAAAGCACACCGGCCGCGGCGGACGCCGAGUCCUCGCCGAACAAACGCAACAGCGCCACUCCAACAACCACGUGCGUCCGCGCAGUCUGCUCACCGACCACGGACUGCCCGCCACCACCCGUCCCACCUCUCUUAUACACGACGACGCCAUCGCCACGGCCAAUCGCGUGCGGCUAAUGACGGGGGAGGGGCGCGAACCGGCCAAUAGGAGGUCCGGAGUCUAUGAUGAUUCACCAAUCGUUGAUCUGGAUGCCGAUGAUGACUUGAGUGUACGGUCUAUGCCGAAAGUGAUUAAUUUUAGUGCGGAGGUUAAUAGGAGUUGUGAUGGGGAUACUAUUAAGAGGAGUGCGUACCACAGACAAUCUAGUGAAGAUUGGAGCGUAGCUUCACUCAUGAGUUGUCCCAAACACAAUCCUUUGACACAAGACUUGUCUACGGAUACAAUGCCAUCUAGCGAGAACAAGUGGUGUCGGGUGAUCACGGGUGAUGAUAUUUUGAACAUGAGUUUAAGGAGCCUCUUGCAAUAUAUCGAUGAAGAGUUAAUGCUCAGGGCAACUCUACCUUUAACGGCAGAAACCGCGAACAUGGCGCAGGGUGGCAACACUGCGCUAUCGAUGCACGACCAACACCUAUCGCAAUGUAUUCAGUUAAAACAGAAUUUCCUCAACAAUUCGACGGCGAAUAUUUAUCAAAAUCUCACGUCGACCUUCCAGAGUCCUAUAGGUGCUUCUAGACUAUCCAUCGACGACCCUCUGUGCAGGAAAAUAGGCGAAGAUAUCAUGUACGUGGACCAACAAGAAAACGACCACUUGGACCUCCAGAGAAAUGCUAACUGCGAAUGUGGACUGUGCCCUAAACCGGAACCCAGAGACAAUAACACUUUGAGCGAUCUACAGAGGUCCGUAGCAAAAUGUUCCUGUGACGUAUGCAAUUCUAACGGAGAUAUACUAAGUUACUACAGACACUGUUCAAACCAAAACACAGACUCAGGCAUCGUUUACUGCGAAAGCUGUAAAAAGCAAAAAAUAUCAGUAUCCAACUUCAGGGCGUUACAAAUCGCAAAUAGGUUACGAAUUUCAGAAGACGAUAAACUACAAAAUGGAGCUACAGACGAUGACUUGUGUAGAAAAAUCGAUAUGAGCUUAAAUAUGGAAGAAAAGGCUUUUGAACAUAGGAAAAAACAUAAUAGACACCAUUCGGAUUCGGUGACCGCUGGUAUAGACUUGAAUCAAUUUUGUCAGUGUGAGCUUGACGUGAAAAGGAAAACUUCGUCCGUGGAUGAGAUUUUCAAAAUGGUGGACGAAAAUGGGCGGGACGUGAAAACGGAGGCAAUUGACGAAGAAGUUAAGACUACGCAGAGACAACGGAGCUUGUCUGACAGCCAGAGAGAUAAGGCCAAAGUUGAUAAUAAGGUAGUGGUGGUAGAAGGAGGAACUCCCCCAGUGCCCCCGCGGCGGGGGAGAUCACGCCGCGCCCACACACCCCCGCGCGCCGCCCCCAAUGGCCUGCCCCCCACGCCUAAAGUGCAUAUGGGGGCAUGCUUCUCUAAGGUGUUCAACGGAUGUCCACUGAGGAUCAACUGUACAGCUUCAUGGAUACAUCCCGACACAAGAGAUCAACACAUACUAAUAGGAGCGGAAGAAGGCAUCUACACGUUGAACCUGAACGAGCUGCACGAGACGGCGAUGGACCAGCUGUGUCCGCGCCGCACGAUAUGGAUGCACGUCAUCAAGGAUGUGCUCAUGUCGCUCUCCGGUAAAACGGCAUCACUAUAUCGUCACGAGUUGCUGGCUCUCUCAGGGUCAGCGCGAGGAGCUCGCUCCCUCAGAGGGUUAGCCCCGCGACUGCUGCCGCGACGCUUCGCCAAUACUACACGCGUUCCUGAUACUAGAGGUUGCAUGCGUUGUGCGGUGGCCCGCAACCCGUACAACGGGUACAAGUACCUGUGCGGCGCCACGCCCGCGGGGCUGUUCCUCAUGCAGUGGUACGACCCGCUCAGGAAGUUCAUGCUGCUUAAGAACAUAGAAUGCGUGCUGCCGUCCCCGCUGCUGGUGUUCGAGCUGAUGAUCACGCCGGAGCUGGAGUACCCGCUGCUGUGCGUCGGCGCCACGCGCAAGCCGCUGCGCCUCAACCUGCUCAAUAUUAACUCUGGAGCGACGUGGUUCCACUCGGAGGAGCUGGAGUCGUGCGUGGGGGGCUCCAACACCGUCAUCCCGCGCCCCGAGCGACUGCACACGCUCAGGGCUGUGCAUCAGCUCAAUAAGGAUUCCGUGUUAGUAUGCCACGAGAACGUAGUGGACAUAAUCCCGGUACUGCCGCCGUCAUGGCGACACGACGACGACAAGCGCCGCAACAAGCUGCUGUCGCGGAUACAGUUCGACUUCAACAUCGACAGCAUACUAUGCCUAGCGGACUCGGUGCUGGCGUUCCACCGUCACGGCGUGCAGGGCCGGUCCCUCCGCAAUGCCGAGGUGACGCAGGAGAUCACCGACGCCUCCCGCGCGUACCGCCUGCUGCCGCAUGACAAGGUCGUAGUAUUAGAAUCGCAUGUACUCCAAAACAACACGUUAUCCGGCGAGGACGGCAAUGAUCUCUACAUCCUGGCGGGACAUGAAGCUUCCUAUUGAAGUACCACGGUACUACCAGCGGACCACAACCCGGUACUUCAUAGUACCACGAGGAAAAAGUGACUAAACGACACUUUUUAACACGAAGGUUUGUUAUUUACGACAGAGGUUUUAGUAAUGCAUUUUUGUUUGGAUUUUUUCCACAAAAAAAGACAUUAAAAAUGAUUAUUUGUUUAUCGAUAAAGAACUGCAGGAAUAUCGAUAAAUGUUUUUCAGUUUUAUCGAUUUGAAUAAUCGAUGAAGUGGCUAGGAGGUUGGAAAUCAGUAUAACCAUUAAACGCUUGCUAAGCCAGUUAUGAUAAGCGUUAGUUCCCGAUAGAGAUGUUUUUGUAUUUUAACAAGUAUUAUCGUCAUACUGUAAUACCCAUUUAUUAUUAUCAAUAAUUAAAGUCGAUAUACGGCUAUCAAAUAAAUGGCAUUUUAGCUCCCAUACAAAGGUAAAAUCUCAUCCCAAAGAUCGUUAUAAAAAUAUUCGUACAAAGAAUAUUUAAUCAAGAAAUGAAUAUGCAUGCGUAAUCAAGAUUAUUCGAGAUAAAACAACCGGCUAUCGAUACAAAUCGAUGUAGAAAAUGCUACAGAACACCACUAGCUAUAUCGUCUUCGUUUGAAAAUCCAAUAUGGCGGUCUAUCAACGAUUUUACAUUAAAGUGAUCCUAGAAAAAGUAAAGUUUAGUUAAUUGUAAAUUUAUUGUCGUUAAAAUUCCCACAUCACUGCCAUUUUUUUACUUCUACACAGUGGCAAAAUCCAAAAAUUCCACCAUUAUUUUGUAUGUUGUUUUACUUAUUCUCAAAUACGUGCGAAAAACUAACAACUACAUACAAUUUUUAAAAAUAAUUGUAAACUGAGACAAUACAUAUUUUCUAUACCAAAAAGCAGCUGGUUUAAUACCCGUAUUAAAUAUUUAAAUAAUCGAAAGAAAUAUAAUAAAAUAACAAGCAAGCCACUGUGUACGAAGUAUUUAGAUAAAAUCAUUCCUAAAAACUGAAGCAAUAAGUUUGAAUAGCAAACGCAAUUAGUUGGAAAUAUCUUAUUUAAUCUCCCUUCUAUACAAACGUCGUAUGAAUUAACUAUUAUUUAAAACUAUCGAUAAUUAUUCACGUUACUAGAGGUGAAAAAUUUUUUUUUUGUCAAGUAGAACAUUUGUGGUUGUUUUUUGGUCAUAUCAGUUGCAAUAAAAACCAAUAUUUUUAAGUCCUACCUCUAGUAAUAUAAAUUGGCUUAGUCAGAGAUACUCAACAUAAAAUAAUUAUUCAGGUAAAGUUUGAGUAUCUCUGGCCUAACAAUUUUACGGGCAUUAGACAUAAUUGUGACAUCAUAAUGUCACAGAUGUCAAAUGUCACUUUAUGACAUUACGUCUUGUCUGUCACAGCCAGAGGUCAUUAAAAAACAAAUGAAGUUUUUAUUUUGUUUGACAACCCAUUUAUAUAAAGGGUUAUAAUUAUUGCAAUUUACUUUGCAUAAAAAGUACUGCAAAUAACAAAAUUACUAAAGGAAUAUGCGAAAUAACAUUUAUUUCUAAUAUCUAACAGUUAGUUGCUGUGAUAGCAUUGCUAAGGUAUUUUAAAUAAACAUGUAUAAAAUGUUAAAAGUUAAGAUUAGUUAACUGAGGUUUUGGUCGGUUUGUUUACUAUAAAACCAGUGUUUGUUUCGACCAAACGGAAAUAUAAAUGUUCAAGCUAACUCAACACUUUCAUGACUGCCAAAAAAUAGUUGAGGGAAGGAAUAUACGACAUUACAUAGUCGAUAAUUUCUACUAUCGAUCAAAACCUCAGUUAGCCCAUCACUAAUUACGAUAACUAUAUUUAAUUUUAAAAUCUUGUGAUGAUACGAUCGGGGUGUAUUCAGCCCCUAAACAUAACGAAAUAAAAAAUAUUAACAGAUCUUUUACUCACUAUAUUUUAAAUAAAAAUAGUAUUUUAUUUAUUCAUUGUUUUAAUUUAAUAUUAAAAUAUCACAACAUGUGAUCGUACGUGUAACGAAGAAAAAAAUUAUAAAAGACAAUUUUCAUUAAAUAGAAAUUUUGAGAAAGAACACGCUUCUGUAACGGUUUUUUUUUGUAAAUAUAAAAUAAUUAUUCCAGUUAGUUUUAGUGGAAUUGUAUAAUAUCGUUAGUCAUAGUUAUUGUAAUUAAACAAAAAAAUCUUUUUUUUUUGUAAUGAUUUUGACAGUUAAAGUUUGGUUCCACCGGUAGCUAAAGAGAUUCCAGAAAAAUAUUUAUUUGCGGUAUAAAUGUGUUAGCAAACGGAAUUCUUAGCUUAGCGUGGAAUUUUGGUCUCGUUUUUACGAUCAUGAAAUCAGUCGUACUGACUAAGAAAAUCUCUUCAAGUCAAUCCAACUUAUUUUUUUGUCGUAUUUUAAGUUACAGCUUCGAAAUUAUUUAUUUUCACUCUCAGUGGACUAAAAGACUUAUACCACUUCAAUUUUAAAGUCCACAUGUUAAACUUUGUUUUUUAUCCCUUCUAAAAUUUUGUUUUAUCUGAGUAUUAAUGUGAUUUUUGUGAAUAAUAAGUAAUUUUAAAUCCAGUGCGUAUUCGACAGUGAAUUGUAAGGUUACUUGACGCUUUGAUUUUUAACAUUUUUCUUUAAAUGCAAUAUAAUCAAGUCUGAAUUUUGUUUUUAACAUGGUUGUGCUAUAAUUUUACUUUCAAUAAUCCAUUUGAUAGUUAUGGGCUGGUCUCGAACAAGAGGCUUGUAGGUAUAAAAAUUAUUCCCUAGAAGGCAGAAAACUCUGGAAAUAAAGUGAGUAUUUUAUUUACUUAAAUAAUCAGAUGCACAAUGAAAUUAUUCACUUAACUUUAGUUAAACUGGUCAAAUGUAAAGUCAGUUUGUUGGUGAAAAAAUAAUUGUUGAUAUCAGAACUUGAUUGAUCUGCAAUGCCUCUAUACCUACAAUCUUCUUAGUCUCAAAUUGGUAUUAUUUUUAAAUCUGAUUUUAGAAAUUUUGUUUCGUAUAUAAAACGGACCAGCUUAACCACGAAAUUACCGUCAUUUGUUAUUGUAAAACUAUGAAAUUCAGUCGGAAACUUAUCAUAACUUUUAUUUACUUUUGUUGUAUUACAGAUGUAUAUAUUUUAAUCUAUGUAUUAUAAAUGUUUUUAAAUGUCACUGUCUAGCAUACUUGAUGUGGAACAACACAAAAUAUUACUCUUUUUUAUGAAAUAACUAUUAGUUAAAGUGCUAGAUCAAAGUUUACAUUAUUAUUUCAAGAAUAUCGCUGUCCGAAUGUAAAAUGUGUAGCUUUUUUAAAUAAUCCUUUUUAUUUAUAUACCUUCCAAUAAAUUUUAUUUCGUACAAUUUUUUUGUUUUUAUUUUUUGUUAUUUUCCCUUUAUUGUUUUUGGAUUUAAAAUAGCUAGUUAUACGGAUGGACAUGGUUUAUAUUUUAUCAGCAUUGAUUAUAAUGGGGUUGAUGCAAUAGUUAUAGAAUUUACUAUUUAUGUAACUUAGUGAGAUAAUGAAUCGCUUCUAUGCCCCACUGGACUACAAGAUGUGCGUAGCAGGGAAGGAAGAAAAGUAAUUUUAAAUGUAAUACUUAUUCCUACCCUGAGCUACACAGAAAAUGGGUACUGCUAGCGGCUUUACGGUAAUGAUAUUGAAUGGAAAAAAACUUAUCUAUAAUUAAGCGAAGUACAUUGUGAGAUAUAUUUCAAAAAGGAAGCUAAAAUCUUUAUUCUAAAUAAAAGUUUGCAAAAGGACUUACUUCGCUUAAUUCUAGCAUGAACUGUGUUUAAUUUGCCAAAAUAAUAUAAUUUACACAUCGCUUCGAAUUUCUCUGUCAUUCUAUUCUCAUGCUCUCAUAUUAACUAGGUUAUUAUUUGCUAGAUGGAAUGUAGGAGUAAGUUUAUUGCUUAAAACUAUUCCUAUAAAUAAAGUAUAUUUUAAUCUAUAAAGUUUCUAGUUAUUCUUCUACUGUUGUAUAUCGGGUGUGUUGUACUUAAUCACAUUAAAUCCUAUCAUCAAAGGUAAGGUAAAGAUAUAGGGAAUUCCAAAAAUGUUAACCAAAUCCAUCGAGUGGUUUAGCCACAGGACUCAUUUUUCGUUUUUAUAAUUUAUAACAAUAAUUAUGAAAACGAAAGAAUUACGCAAUGUACUUAUUAAAAUGGUGUUCUAACUCUCGCACAUUUUUUUCUAUUUACUUUUGUUCGAAAAAAUCAAAUUAAAAGUAUACCUAUUUACGUAUUUAAUUUAACGUGAUUAGGUACGGCACACAUUGUAUAAAACUUCUUGAAUUCAAAACUAAGGCCCAAGUUCAACGAAAAUUUAAGCGUCCGCUUUUCUUAAAACAACUGUCUACUUUGAAAGUUAGCGUGAUAAUUCAUUGUACACAGCUGAAUUAAGAAAGCUGACUUUUUUAUGAAUUUGGACCUCUACAUACAUAGGUACAUAUAAUAAUCAAAAUAAUAAGCUAGUUAAUAUGUUUGUUUAAAAAAUAUGGAGAAUGCCAAAACGAUUGGCGGUUGGACUGAGAAUGGCUGUAAUAAAAACAAUUGAAUAGCAUUAUUCGUAUAGUCCCGUUUAGUAUUUAGAUGUAACAGUAGGUAUAUUUAUAUUUAUUUUAUAU